UCUUUGUUGCGACGACGCUGGGUAAAUCAUCUGGACACUGGGUCUCACUAUCGCCAAAUAUAUUUGGAGAUCGGCUUCGGCUACGGCUUGGCAGACAUUUUUUUCUUUCUACAAUUUUAAAUUAAAUUUAUUAGAAUAAAUGCUUCGAACACACGCGAUCUAAGUACCUUUUGUGUUUAUUAUACCUUACCUACCUAGGUAUAAAAAGAGUACUUACGUAGAUUUUCUUUUAUUAACUGUUUUAUACGAAGAUCUUGAUCUCUCAAAUUAGCAUCCAUUUUACUUCCAGUGAUUAUCAACUAAAUUAAUAAUCCACAAAGUAUUAAAUAACGUUUUUAUGAAAUAUUUAGCACAAAAACAAUACCCUUUAAAUAUCGAUCGUCAGUAACUGUGGCUGACUUACCUAUAUUCUAGCAAGCAGGACUGCCAGAUGUGAAGGGGAAAUCCCCAAUAAAUUGUUGCAUGUGACUGAUGAUGUGAGCAUGUUCGUUUCAUAAUAAAAAUGUUGCCAGGUAACCAAAAAGUCGUAUGUUUUUGUGCGAAUUACGAUCAUAAUCUUUACGAUCGUACAUUAAAAAAUAGACAAAUAAUAGUAUGAGUACGAUUUAAAUCGUAUAUCUGUCAACCCUGCUAGCAAGACAGCGACAAAAUCACGUUGCAUAACAAUGUAGCCCAAGCUUAUAUCUUAUGAAAUAUACGGAAGAGAUACGGACUUAGAAAAAACAGAAAUGUUGUUCUUUGUGGAAGUCAUUGAUGAAAUUCUAUGUAUUUUAGCCCGCAAACUUUCUUCAAACAAAAACAGCGCCAUCUAGUAUCGAGUUCUGUAAUUAUCUCUUUGUUUAUGGAUUUGAAGUAAGACCGCCACGCAUGCAAUACAUUAUGACUGGGGAUUCCCCUAUUCGUCGACGCUGAAUAUGAGGCGACGACAAUCACUGUCAAACGUGUUCACUAUUACUCUGACUCUGGUAACGUGACUUCCUGGUAACGUGUUAGGUAGGAAAAGCAGUAAAAAAGUGCAUAUUAAGGGAGCAGAUUUGAAAUAAUAUUUAUACUUAACAAGAAAUAAUUAAAGGUUCAAUGGGGAGACCUAAAGAUUUACGCAUAUGGGAGCACUACCGUACUUUACCAAACAAGUCUGUUUCUUGCAAGCUUUGUAAUAAGGUCUACAAAUUCAGUAAUGCUGCCAAAAUGCUUCAACAUCUUAUCACUUGUCCAAAAUCUCCAGAAACAUUAAAAGACUCUAUGAAACUUAUAAAAGAUAGCUCGUCCAAAACCAAAAUGUCUGGACUGUCAGAGAUAGAGACAAAUGAUUCUUUUAUAAGCCCCUCGUCGUCUGCUAACACUACAAUAAAUGCUGAGUUUCAAGACACCGAUGAUCAUAUAAAAACAGAAUUAGCGAGAGCUAUAUUUGUAACAGGGACGCCAUUAUCGAUGGUGCAACAUCCUUUAUGGAUACAAUUUUUCGAAAAAUUGCAACCAAAAUUUAAAAUACCUUCACGUAAAGCUUUAGCGACAAAAUACUUAGAUAAAAUAUAUAGAGAAAUGCGUUUUGAGUUAAAUGAGGAACUAAAUGCUUGUAGUUACUUACACCUUCAGUGCGAUGGCUGGUCUAAUUUAAGAAAUGAAGGAAUAAUAAACUUUCUUAUAUCAAAACCUCAACCUGCAUACGUUAAAAGUUUGAAUACAGAAAGUAAUCCUCACACUAGUGAAUACCUUAGCCAAGAAGUUGAAAAAGUAAUGAAAGUGUAUGGAGCAAAUAAGUUUCUUGUACUUAUUGGCGAUAACGCUAGAAAUAUACAAAAGGCAUUCGAAUUAACAAAACUCAAAUAUCCACAUGUUGUUCCUCUCGGUUGCUGUGCACAUAUCCUUAACUUGUUGUGCCAAGAUAUUGUAAAGAUACAAGAAGUAACUGUGUUUAUUAUGCAAGCCAUAAAUAUAAUAAAAACUGUUAAAAGGAGUCAACGAUUAAGUUCCUUGUUGAUAAAAUCAAGGCAGGGUGAAGAUUCUACACAAACACUAAAAUUGCCUUGUGCUACAAGAUGGGGAAGUCAUGUUACUUCGUUAAAAAGUUUGAAAGCAAAUAAGAUAGCUUUGCAAAUAUUAACAGUUAGAGAAGAUGUGGUAAUUUCAAGAGAUAUUAAAGAUUUAAUUCUAAGUGAUGAUUUCUGGACGAAGACAGGGGAAUGUAUAAGUAUUUUGGAACCAGUCACUGAAAGCAUAUUUUACUUAGAGAGCGACCAGAAUCGUUUGCAUCGCACAUACAUUACAUUUAGAGAUGUACAAGCUAAGAUACGUUUUGCAUUAAAUGAGAUUUCGACAUUGAGCGAAGAAAGCAAACAGCAGAUUCUAACAUCAGUAUCUUCAAGAUGCAAUAUGGCAAUGAGGCCAAUACAUUUUGCAGCAUAUAUUCUAGACCCCAGGACUCUAGGAGUCGAACUUACUCAAGAGGAAGAACUUAAGGGUAUGGAGUUUAUCUACAAUUUAAGCCAACACUUAAGUUUGUCAAAUGUAAUGGCAGAUUUGGCGUGUUAUAAAGCUAAAGAAAACUUUUGGGCCAGAGGAUUUGUAUGGAGCUCAUUAGAUAGCAUUGAGCCCCUAAUAUGGUGGAAAGGUAUUUGUGGUUCCACUGAGUUAAGCAAAGUAGCGAUUCGUAUUCUAUCAGCUCCCUGUACUUCGGCAGCCACUGAGCGUUCCUUUAGUAUCCAAGGCUACAUACAUAAUAACAAAAGAAAUCGACUUACAACUGAAAGAACUGAAAAAAUUUCAUUCAUUUGUUAUAACUGGAAUCUUAAACAUAAAGCUGAAUGCGAGGACAUUCAGUUUAAUGAAGAAAAUACCUUAGAAGCUUUCAUUGAGCAAGUAAAUGAACAUAACAGUUUAGACGAAAUAGAGCCUAUCGAACCUAUACAAUUCAUCGCUUGUAAUAACUCUGAAUCUGACAGUGAUUGACUGUAGUUUUACAUUUUACUUUCAUCUCUUUCUUAAUAAACUCAAAAUCAAAUUAAAAGUUUUUUAUUCUGUAGGCUGCAUAAUAAUAUUGUCUAUGUCCAGUAUAGUGGACGUCUUGCGGCUGAGAUGACGAUGAUGAAGUACAAAAUCAUAAACACCCAAAAAUUUGGGUGUUUAUGGGGUUUAAACCCAAUAAACCCAAAACACCCGGUUUUUACCCACCAGACUUUAAACCCACCCAGGUGGAUUGCCCAUC